UUCAGACACUUCGCACUGUGUGAGGAUGAAGGUGAACAUCUUCUGCUGCCUGUUGGCCUGCACUCUGGGCUCUAAUGUCGCUGCAGGUUUGACCCAUGAAGGAGUUAAGGAGGGGACGCAGGUCACUCUGCCCUGUCCUCACUCUGUGGAGGGUGGAGUGAGGUGGAGCAGAGAGAGUGGAGGAAGCAGAGCUGACAUACUUACAGCUGAUGGAGACGGAGACAAAAAACACAUCAAUGAUCCACAGAAACGAUACAGUUCACAGGCUGACGGGGUUCUGAUCGUCCUCAGAGCUGCUCCCUCAGACUCUGGCAGAUACUUCUGUAACCAUGAAGCAGCUGUGGAGCUGACAGUGAUCCCAUCAGGAACAACAAUAGUGAGUGUUGCAGAGAGGAGCAGCAUCACUCUGAACUGUUCUCAUGAUGUUGGAGGAUCAGCUGUUCCCACGUGGAGACGAGACUCUGGAGAAAUAAAUGAAGGAAGGAUUUCUGUUUCCACGGAGGACACAACAUUACGUAUAAGAGAAGCUGAGCCUGCUGACUCUGGACUGUACUACUGUGAUGGAGAACCAGCUGCUUAUCUGAAUGUGACCAAAGGACAGAGAUCUGACAGAGAUAAUAAGACAACAACAACAAAAACACCACCUACUGCUACAACUCAUACAGCAUCAGUAACACCUGCAUCACCCCCCGAUGCUCCAUCAGCUUUUCCAGUGCAGAGUUUCCUGAUAGGAACUGGUCUUCUUCUUCUCUCCAUCCUCAUCCUCAUCACUGCCUGCUUCAUGUGGAGAUGCAGGUCCAGCAGACGAGGGACUGACAAACAGCUCCACGUCUAUGAUGAGAUACCAGCUGGAGCAGAACUUCAUCUUAUAAAUGGAGGAUCAAACCACAGUGAUGCCACAUACGACACCAUCGCUGAGCUGCCACAGACUGGAAACGACACCAGUAACACCUAUUUUCCACAUUCCUUGACUGCUUCCACUUUCCAUGCUGGAAAUAAUAAAGGAGGAUCAAACCACAGUGAUGCCACAUACGACACCAUCGCUGAGCUGCCACGGACUGGAAACACGACCGAUUCUCCAUAUUCUGUGAUUGGUGCCACGUUUAGUGAUGGAAAUAAAAAAAGGUUCUUCACAGCCCGUCAACAACACGUAUGUCUUACUGAAGAAACCCAAGAACCAGGCCGGACCGGUGUAGCUUCACCUGAAUGUCCUGCUGUCAGGAACAGUCUGCACAGCACAGAUGUUCAUGGGAACAUGUAACAUGUAACAUGCAUAUGUCGAGAUUAUUCUGAAUUAUUGUGAAACUGCAGCUGAUGAAAUCGACCCAGGAGGCUUUUGUUAGUGUGUCUGUCUUUAAACACUUACGCUAAAAAGCUUAAAUAAAUUCUGACCCAACUGUGCUGAGGUGCAGAGCUCAUGGUCACACCCACCCACUCAUCCAGCGCAGGGUGGCUGCGGUGGGGGGUGGAGCCUGAAAUCUGUCCUCCGUCCAUCGACGUGUUCGAGGUUCAUGAUUCAUCGGUGGAAAAUUGACAAAAAGCUAAAAGCUUUGAUUCUUACAGUGUGCUGUAGUGUGUGUGUUUGACCUCUGACCUUUCCUCCAGUCAGUAGAUUGAUCUGAAGGUCAAAGUGAUAAAAAUCCUUUACAGACAUGAUUAUAAAGACAAAAGCUUGUAAGAUAACUAUUGUUGGCCUGAGAAAGUUUCUGAGUGCAGUUGAUUCACUUCAUGAACACAUGAA